AUGUCGGCCCAAUGGCACAACAUUGAUGGUGACAUGGCCCUGCUCCCUCCGUCGGGUGAGAAACCGAGCUGCUUCACACGGCUUGGGGUCUCGAUCCCGAAAGUGGAGGAGGAACACCACUCAGACAUCCAGCAUGGCGCAGCGCAGUCUCCAAACUCUCCUCUCGCACGAGUCUCGCAAGAUGACGUGAUUGAGAAAUCCAGCGCGACUUCCAUCCCCAAUCGUUGGAAGACGGUCAGCCAACGCAUCCGAGAACGAGCAGGCACGAUUGCCGAGGCACUUGGCCGGCCCCAUGAAAGAGACUCGGACGACCUGGGGGCAAGCUUGUCCCCCGAGUGCUACGGGGCCACCGACGAUAUUCGAAGCUAUGAAGCGCGUACUGCAGUGGACGAGGAGCAACGUCUGAUGGGGACCGAUUACAAUUCCCAAGCACAGCAUUUGCUCCGGCAAUUGGGACUUCGUCAUCAUCGGCGACAGUCAAGCGGUGUUCGAGGUCAAGAUGCUGGCGAAGGGCUGUCUGGCGCAAGUACUCCCGGCGCCAUCACCCCCGGGGAGAGUGGAGCAUCUACUCCUCUCAACGGAGGCCUGCUAUCGCAUCUGCUUCGUGUGUAUGCCAAUAAUAUGGAAUCGGCGAGCCGAAUGAGCGUGGCCACCACGGCUGCCGCCUCUGACCCCGAAACGGAAACUCUUCCACCCAAACAAUUCGGCUCAGGGACCCCUGGUACUGCGACGCCCGGGAGUAUGGGUAUGGGAACGGCUACGGGAACGAACACGGGGCCUGUGACCCCCGGUGGAGGCACCCCGACAGGAAAGAAAGAAAAGGUCAAAUGGUACAAGAGCGCCAACAACAGCAAAGAAAAUUUGGCCCAAAAGUCGGGCGGUCACCAUUACACCUCCUCGCUCAUCUCUGCCUCGAUGGGCAUGGGCCGAGUGGGUGUUCCCGGUGCCCAGGGUCCUCCACCCAUGACCGCAAAAGAGAGACGCAAGCAGAAACGAAGGAGUGCCAAGGAAGUCAAAUUGACGGUGCACAUUGCCGCCAUGUUGGCCCGUCAGCAAUACAUCAUGCAGCUCUGCCGUGCGCUGAUGAAGUACGGUGCACCUACCCACCGCCUGGAAGAAUACAUGGUCAUGACCUCCAAUGUGCUCGACGUGAACGCGCAAUUUCUGUACAUUCCCGGCUGCAUGUUCAUGUCAUUUGACGAUCCGUUGACUCGGACUGCUGAAGUAAAGAUCAUCCGUGUGGUGCAGGGUCUAGAUCUCUCACGGCUUGCCGAAACCCACAACGUCUACAAGAAUGUUGUGCACGACGUGAUCAGUGUGGAGGAUGCCACUGGACAACUGGAUGCGAUUAUGCAACGGAAGCCCCGAUACAAUCGUUGGAUUCUUAUCCUCCUCACGGGUCUUGCGAGUGUCGCUGUGGGUCCCUACGCCUUUUCUGCUCGACCCAUCGACUUGCCUAUCAUUUUCGUCCUCGGGUCUUUGGUCGGAUUUAUGCAACACAUUCUUGCUCCCACAUCAUCCACUUACACCAACGUACUUGAAGUCUCUGCCGCCAUCCUCACCUCCUUCCUCGCCCGUGCCUUUGGCAGUAUCAGCCACAACGGCGAGCGUGUGUUCUGUUUCGCCGCCAUGGCUCAAUCCUCCAUCGCCAUGAUUCUCCCCGGGUUCGCUGUCCUCUCAUCCUCCCUCGAGCUGCAAAGUCAUCAGAUGAACGCGGGAUCCAUCCGCAUGGUUUUCACGCUCAUCUACUCUCUCUUCCUCGGCUACGGUGUCACUGUCGGCACGACCAUCUACGGUCUCAUAGACAACAACGCCACUGCAGACUCGACCUGCCCCAACGCCACGGCUGUCUGGGGCAACGAAUACAUUCAACACUUCCCCUUUGUUGCCCUCUUCUGUCUUUUCGCUGCGCUCAUCAAUCAAGCCAAAUUCAAACAACUCCCGGUCACCGUCAUCAUGGGCGUGUGUGGCUACGUCACCAACUACUUCUCCACCAAGAAGCUGGGUGCGAACCAGGUCGCCAACACCGUCGGAGCAUUCACCAUUGGCCUGCUGGCUAAUCUGUACUCGCGUAUUUGGCAUGGCCACGCGGCGGCAGCCAUCAUCCCGGGCAUCUUCACGCUUGUCCCGUCAGGAUUGGCCAGCAGUGGCUCCAUCUUGAGUGGAUUGCAAUAUUCCGAGGCCGUAAAGAGCGGCAAUGUGAACAAUACGAACAGUAGCACGAGCGGGAGUAACCUACUGGGCUUGGGAUACGGAAUGAUCCAGACCGCGAUCGGUAUCUCGGUGGGUCUAUUUGUCUCUGCAUUGAUUGUGUAUCCGCAUGGAAAGAAGAGGAGUGGUAUUUUCAGUCUGUAA